CACUGGCUUCCGGACCCUGGAUUCCUUACCUAAGGGUUCCUUAUCCAAUGCCCCCCUCCGUCCGUAGCCAUGUUGGCUCAAGGCCAUGGAGCCCCCCCCGACGACCGCGAGUCGUCCGCGGCGUGCUGAGCGCGAGGGGCUCUUCGCUUUGGGCCAGAAGCGCGCCUUUUUGAUUGAGAGUGUUAGGGGGCGGCGGCGCGCGGUCGCGACGGAGGGAUGGGGGCCCCCGCGCGGACUGCAGCCGAUGCUCCUGGGGCUCGCGGCGCCGGCGGCGGCACAGGCGCCUACUGGGUCUGCCGCUGUAGGCAGCGGUCCUUCCGCACGCGGGCCGAGUGCUGUGGGUGCCAGACGGCAGCGCCGCCCCGGGCCCGAGUUUAUGGAGGAGGGGCCGCGGCUGCAGGGCCCGCCCCGCUCCAGCCAGACGCCGAGGGCUUCGUCGAGGCUGGCAAAGGGCAAGCGCGCGAGGCGCAAAGCCAGGGCCGCUGCAGCAGCCUGGACGGGCAGCCCAGCACGGGGCGACCGCGGCUCAGGCAGAGGUAGCAGCCCAGCCAGCAGCGGCGGAGGCAGCUCGCGGCAGAGCUCCAGAGCGUCGGACCUGGAGCGCCUCACCGCCCACCUGGAGGCCAGCCCUCGCUUGGAUGCCGUGGCCGACGCCCCCCUCGAAGGGCAGCUGGCCUCGCUACGUGGCCAUCGGGAGAAGGCGGCCGCGGAGCAAGCGCGGCACAAGGAGGCUGAGCUCACACCUGCUGAUCGCCUUCGCAGGGCGGCCAACUUGGCCAGCAAGGCGGAGCGCAAGGCGGCUGCAGCUCGCAGGGCGCUGGAGGCAGCUGACCAGGCGGUGGCAUCGGCGGAGAGGGCUGUGCAGGCUGCUGGCGAUCAGCUGGAGGAGGCAGAGGAGCGCCGUGCAGAGGCCCGUGAGCGGUUAGCAGAGCUCGAGACGGCGGCGGCAGCCGCUAAGUCGGAGCAGGAGCGGAUGCAGAUCUUCGAGGCGGACUUGCAGGCGGUUCGUGGGCUCUUCCUGCAACUGCGCACGUUGCCCUCGGCCCGCCAGACUGGGAACUUCGCUGACGCCUGGCGGUCGACCAUGCAGCAGCUGGAAGCUGUGGAUUGGCGCUUCGCAGACCGCGACAGCUCGUCGGGGGUCUCAACCAGGGAGCACACGUACGACAGCUCCCCGCUCGAUGUGGACGAGGACUCCGACGUGGAGCUCAUGGGUGAGCUGGCGCCUGCGUCUGAGCGCGGGCAGGCAGAGCGCCGCGGCUCGGCCGCUGGUGUCUGGCCGCAGGUGCCAAGGAGUGCGCUGCAGGAGUUGAUGGCCGAGGCAUCCGACCUGGGCCCGCUGGCGACGGCACCUCCGAGCCGCGCGGCGGCGCCCGGCGGCCGCCUGCAUCAGCUCUAGCAGCGGGCCCCUGGCGCGGCCCGCCUGGAGGCCGAGGCUGGCAGAGGAUAUUUCCACCCCUCCCUCUGCGACCCCUGUGGCCGCGAUCAGCGGGACCUCGCGGGCGGAGACCCACGCGGCGCUCGAGCAGCUUCGGGGCCGCGGGAAACAGGGCGGCGCGUUCUUGGUGCGGGAGUCGCGCCCCCCCCGGUGGCGCGGCGCAGGCCGCGGCACGCAGCUGGUGCAAGAGGAACGAAUUGCUGUCCGCGCUCGGUCCGCGCAGGCGCACUCAGCCGCAGGUGCAGAAGGGGUGCCCUGGAGCCGGCGCUUCGACAGCCCGCAUCCGAGGCGUGGCCAUGACUGGGCAGGACUGGGGCGACCUGGGGCACAGGGCCCUCGCUCGGCGGAUUGCCUUCGGAGAUCCGGCGAUCGUGAUCGCGGGCGUCUUCCUGGUGACCUCGUCGAGGCCCGUGGGGGUCUACCGCGAGCGGUUGGGCUGGAGCCAGGAGUUCAGCAACGCGGUCAACGCGUCCUUCCCUGCCGCGGGGGACUGGGACAGUGAGCCCCAGGGCCUCCUCUGCCCUUGGUGGCCGUGUUCCAUCGGCGCGGCGCUGCUGGAGCCGCAGCGCGCGACGGGCGCCUUCAGGAAGUGCGACUACUUCGUGAUCUCGGCGACGCCAGCGGUUUUCCCGUCGAGGUGGUGAGGAAGUUCCACGGAGCGGCGGAGCAGCGCCUCAUCGCGGCCUCCGAGAUCCAGGACGGCGACGCCGAUAUUGGACGCUCGCAGGGGCUGCGCCGCGUGCGCAAGUGCCUGACGGACCUGCAGCGAACGGUGACCGCGCGGGAGGUCAAACCGCGGAUGAAGCCCUGGAUGCUGCGGGGGCGGCUGGCGCGGCAGCAGGCAGCGGCCGCGGCGGUUCAGGCGGCCACCGCGGCGAAGCACGCCAUGUCAGACGCCCAGAUUGCCCGCAGCAGCUGAUACGGCUUCCUGGACGACGCGCUGGUAGGAGGCGACAGGGAAGUCCAUGCAGUCAACGAGCCGCCGCCAGGCCAGGGGCUCUCGCCCUCGGACUCCGAAGAAGGCCGCCCCUCGGCCCCGCUCGGUGGCCAGGCGGCCCGCGACCAGAUCCGCCCUGGGUGGGGGCAGCUCUGGCUCGGCAGACGAGG